AGCGGGGCACUAUGCUGGAGCAACGUGGGAAAAGGAAGGCCCCUCCCUGCAGGGAGGUGGGCGUGACCUGGAUGGCGCGCGGCCUGACUAAGGCAGAGGCCGGAGCUCAGCGGGGGACUGACAGAUCUGGGGCUGGAGGAGAGGCCAUGGCCCCGGGGACUCCUGCUCGGGCGCCUGUGUCGUUUGACGAUGUGACCAUGUAUUUCACGGAGCAGGAGUGGAGAAACCUGGAGGAGUGGCAGAAGGAACUUUACAAGCAGGUGGUGAAGACCAAUUAUGAGACCUUGGUCUCACUGGGCUGUGCCAUUCCCAAGCCAGACUUGAUCACCUGGAUUGAACAGGGGGAAGAGCCAUUCGUCAGAGAUCAGGGAAACUUAGGAACAAGAGACCUGGCAAUUGGCUCCAGAGCUGAGGAGCAUCUUGACUUGAAGCACACCAAGAUACAGCUGCUUUGUGGGGACUCUGGAUCUUCAAGUUCAGGACAACAGGAAGGCCAUGGACCUGACCCUCAAAAGCAGAACUUGUCUGGGCCUUUCCCAUUCCGAUGCAGUGAGUGCAGCAAGAGCUUCACCCACAAGGCUCAACUAACCAAACACUGUAGGAUUCACAGACGAGAGAAACACUUCUGGUGCACGGAGUGUGACAAGAACUUUGCUGGAAAAUAUGAAUUACUCCGACACCAGCUUCUGCAUACUGGAGAAAGACCCUUCCAGUGCCCCAAGUGUGACAGGAGCUUCCGCCAAAAGGGACAUCUGCUCAGGCACCAGCGCCUGCACACAGGGGAGAGGCCCUUCCAGUGCACAGAGUGUGAUGCGUGCUUCAGGCUAAAAGCUGACAUGAAGUCCCAUCAGCGCCAGCACAGGGGAGAUAAGCCAUUCUCCUGCAGCGAAUGUGGUAAGAGCUUCACCAAACAUUGUUAUCUCACUGAGCACAUCAGACUGCACACAGGGGAGAGGCCCUUCCAGUGCCCAGAGUGUGGCAAAAGGUUUCGAAUGAAAGCAGACAUGAGAGUCCACCAGCGAAGACACAUCAAAGCCAGGUCAUUCUGCUGCAGUGAGUGCGAUAAGGCAUUCCCCAAGCAGUCUAAGCUCACUGCCCAUGUUAAGGUACACACCAAGAAACAGCACUACAGGGCCCUGCUGUUCGGACUGAUGGACCUUGACUGGGGUUGAGGCAGAGCCAUAACAUGCAAAGCAUGAUUGUCAAGCACAGCCUCAGAGUCAGUGUUACAGUUGGAAGGGACUUAAGAUGUUAUCUAGUACAACCCCUCUACAGCCUUCUUAGAUGGAACUAGAAUCGCAUCCUGGUAACUUCUAACCAUUGGUUAUAGUUCUACAUCAAGCAAGCAGUCGUUUGGUCUCCUGCCUGCAUAGGAUCCCACCAGUUGUUUAGAGUAAAGUCUGGCCAAUAACAUGAGUGACCCAACUGGGUAAUGCUGUCUUUGUUCAAAAAAUAGGUAAAAUGAAGAAGUUUGGAGGCUGGUGUUCUCAUGGAGCUUAUCAGCCAACAUGGAAGAGGUUACCAAAAUGGAUCAUUUCCCUGUGGGUGAAAUAUUCCUAUUCUUUGUGAAAGCCUAGGAAGUCAGGCCCUAAGUGACUGAGAGACAACACUGAAUAAACUUAUAUGGAAUAGUCAGUAUGACGGGGAUAGAAAUCUUUCCCCUACCUAUCUCAAAUGGGAAUGGGUGAAGCUGAUACUCAGCUGGACACCCUGAAUGAAGAUCAUGUAAAACGUGGUCCCAGUUUCAUCCUAUUGUAGUUGAGGAACUUGUUGGUGGGGUUGUUUCCUUGAUGUGGUUUGCUACUGACACAGCAGUAAAUGGAGCCUAUCUUAAAUCUGAGAGCUCAUCAGUUGGUGAGGAGAUUCAUCCGACUGCAGUGAACCCAUGCAAUCUCCCCAACUUGUGCAGAGCUCUCUACUGAGGGAGGAUAUAGUGGAAAUAGGAGGCAUAGUCCCUGCUGGCUCAGUCUAAUGAAUAAUAUUCCUCAAAUAUAGUGACUCUAGGAACACUUACAAAGAAACGCAUGACCAUGGAUGAAUAUAGGCAAAUAUAUCCCAGUAGUUCCCAUGGACAUAAGAGCACUAAAGCCACUAGCUAACAUUGUGGAAAUUUACCUGAAAGCCUUCAUGGAGGAUUUUGAGCUGGGUUGGGAAGGUAGGUAAGAGACAUCUGAGGCCAGAGUGGCCUGCAGAAGCCCAUCAAGACCAACUUUAGCUGAAGAAAAAUGACUGGGAGUAUUAGAGAGGUUUUUGUAGUGGGAGGAAGGCAUUGAAACUGAGGCUCAGGAGGUUAAAUUUGAUAUGAUGCAAAGGCAUUGAAGUGUAUCUGAUAAAGUAUUUUGGAAAUCUGAGGGUUUAAAUCUGCCCUCUGAUAUUUAUUAGUUCUGGAACCACAAACAUGUUAUUUAACUCAGAACAUCAGUUUCCUCUUGUGUAAAAUGUAGAUAAUACCUACAGACAUCUCAUAGUUUUGGUGAACUUAAACUAAAAACCUAUAAAGCACCUUAUAAACCUUAAAGUACUAUAUAAUUGGCAAAGGCCAAGUCAUUAGUUUUGAAAACUUGUCUAAAUUCUCCACUGUGCAUUUUUGGCCCAGUGACCCUUACUUGGGGCAUCAGCCCAACUAGUGUUUCUAACUCCCAACAAAUAUUAAUCUUUCAGAUUCCAGAAUGAGAAAUGAUUCCUGGUAACUUGUCAGGGAUUCAUAAAAGCAUGAGUUAUUCUGUAUUUUUCAUAACAUUUUAUUUUGUUUUUAAAUAAUAAUGAGUAAUCAUAAUAAACAUUUUUCUAUGAUAGUGUUUUCUAAAAGUUUCAGUUUUGUUUUAUAUAUAUACAUAUACACAUAAUAAAUUCAUAGUUUGUUAUUACUAUAAACCUAUAUAUAUUGUGAUAUUGAUUUUAAACCUAUCUGGUAAUGAACUUAUUUCCCUUAUCUUUCCUAAAAUACUUCCAAUGUUUGUUUGUUUUUUUCCCUUUUUGUUUUUUUUUUUUGCAGGGCAAUGGGGGUUAAGUGACUUGCCCAGGGUCACACAGCUAGUGUCAAGUGUCCGUGGCCCGAUU